AUCCUACGCUCAGAAAUGUACCAUUCUAAGCCCCAGGUGACAAUAACUCUUUGCUACAUUGAGGUGAUAACCGCCUCGGAGGGCAAGCAGGGAGGAGAUGUGGCCAUCAGGAGGGAUGUAGUGAAACGGAGUCUAAUACCGGCAGACAGCCUCCGGCCGUUAAGGCGUACAAAGCGAAGAUGGGUCCUCACUACGUUUGUCUUGAAGGAGAAUGAUGGAGGACAAUUCCCAAAAGUUGCUGGUGAUCUCUUCAAUGAUCAAGCAGUCAACAUGUCCAUCAAGUAUCUCAUCAGUGGUCCAGGCGUGGAUGUGGCUCCAGAGAUCGGACUAUUCACCAUUGAUGACCAGACUGGCCGUGUCUUUGUUCACCGAACCAUUGACAGGGAGAAGACGCCUUUAUUUGAGAUCUGCUUUGAUGCUGCUGAGAGAUCCACGGGCCGUAUAGUGGACAGAUCUCUAAUCUUUAAUAUCGAAGUGGAGGAUGUGAAUGACAACGUUCCUGUCUUCACCAAACCGGUGUAUGAAAUUUCCAUGAAAGAAACAGGGAAUCUCGAUAAUCCAAUUAUGCAUGUAAUGGCAGAUGACUAUGACAAGGAAGGCACCCCAAACGCAGAGGUUACCUACAGUGUGUUAACCGUAAUGCCUGCGCUCCCCUCUGUGAAAUUCACUAUUGACCCUAAACAUGGGCUGAUUCGAGGACAGGGCUGUCUGAACUACGAGGCAGCCAAUGUGAUCAAGAUAAUCGUGGGUGCACGUGACAGUGGGGAACCAUCACUGUCUUCCACGGCAACAGUUAUUCUACAAAUCAAAGAUGGGAAUAACCACUUGCCAAUGCUUCCCACACCCAACUAUAACCUAACUGUUAAGGAGGGAGAAGUGAUAAAGGAGCUGUUGCGCAUAAAGGUAGAAGAUAAAGAUUUGCCUCAUACUCCUGCAUGGCAAGCCAAAUUCAAACUAUUAACCGGAAACGAGAAUAACAAUUACAACCUUACAACCGAUCCAAUAACAAACGAAGGAGUUUUGGACAUCAUUAAGCCUUUGGACUUUGAAGGAACUCCUUACAAAACACUACAAAUAUCUGUUGAAAAUGAAGAGCCUCUAUUUGUGUGCGAUAAGACAAAACUUCGGCUUAGUACCUCACCUGCGCUAAGCAAUGGGACUAUCAAUAUAUUAGUUAAAGACAUAAAUGACGCGCCCAUAUUCCAUCCUCCAAGUCAAACUGUCCGAGAGAAAGAAGGUCUGAAGUCAGGGACUGUGAUUGCAAAGGUCAAUGCAACCGAUCCAGACAAAGUGCCCAACAAAAUCAGGUAUAAGAUAGGCCACGAUCCUGCAGGUUGGGUGACUGUGGAUGAACUGACUGGAGAAGUGAAAACUGUGCAAGUACUGGACCGUGAAUCUCCAGAAGUUAAGGGAAACUUGUAUACAGUCGUCGUACUUGCUGUUGAUGAUGGGGAGCCGCCACAAACAGGAAGCAGCACUGUGAGUCUCUACUUGUCUGACCUUAAUGACAACAUACCAAAACUAGUUACCCCGUACGUGGAACAGUGCGAGAGUCUCAGCAAGCAGCCAUUCACUGUGAAGGCAGAGGACAGCGACAUAGAUCCUUUCUCGGGGCCAUUCACAUUUGAACUAGGGGAUACUUCUCGAGCUUUACAGGAGACCUGGAAAGUUGGAAGGAGCACAGGAGAUUCAGUCGCACUCUCAAUGCUUCAGAAUAUGCCACGGGGGAACUACACCGUGCCUCUGACCAUAUUGGACAGACAGGGCUCUGGCAGCACGCAAACGCUACAUGUCCGGAUUUGUGCCUGUCCAGAUGGGGUAACCUGCGAAAAGAUGAAACCUCCUGAACAUUACAUGGGUGGACGGGCUAUUGGAAUUAUAUUCGCAGCCUUACUUCUGUUUUUGUUGGCCCUAUGUCUGCUAAUGUGCUUUGUGUGUAGCUCUGGGAAGAAGCAACGUGGAGCCUUCUUGCCGUAUGAUGAGGGAAACCAAACUCUGAUAAAGUAUAACGAAGAGGGUGGAAGCGUCCUUUCUCAGACAAGCCCUGCUGUACUUGUUGCCAAUGGAAACGGUAAUAUGGAGUUUAUGACCAAGGAUAAAGGUGCAGUUGGACAUCCUGCUCCAAUGCAACGGGUGCAGAGUGAAUUCUGGGAAAGAAAUGGGGCAGGAAUGUUUGCAGCUGGCUCAAAGCAAACCCCUCAGAGUGUGACACAGGUAAUGCCAAUCUCACAUCUAGCACUGUGCUGGCCUUAUACUAAAAUUCAAGCUGAACCCACCACAUACAGACCAUUUUAGAUAAUUAUAAAGUCUGGUAAUUACUACCUGUAGAGAGACUGAACCAAGCAGCUUCCACCACAAAGAAGGAACAAAUUAUUAUUGCCCCUUCUGGUACACCCAUACUAAUCCUGAACCAAUUGGAUUCCAGCAAAGAGAAUCUAUAAUGAACUUAAAGUGGGAAUAAAUGUUCAGGAAAUCUGGUAACAGGCAUAUGAAAACAAGCUGUUAAUGCACCCAGGAGAGUGAAGGCAUAAAAUAAAGAGGUUUUUACCUUGUGUACAGGAAGUGUGUGAGCCUGGUGUUGCAUAGGUUAUAGCUAAACACACCUAUCCAGUAUUUACAAUUAUUCCAUUAUUAUUAUUUUAAUAGCAAGAUCUACUUUGUGAAACAUAAGAGUAAGAGCGCACUGUCUGCGUGCUUUCCUCGUGUGAUGCAAGGGCGCAUUAGUGUUGUGUAUUGAGAUUGGAAGGGUUUUUGCAAUCACCAGUGAGUGGGAAAGUCCACCGGUUUCCAUGACAAGUAUAAAACAAGAUUUAUAAA